AUGGAAUUAAACACCUGCUUGGAGAAACUGGGCCACUUCAGGGGUGCCUUGGACUACAGGACUAGUGAGGAAUGCUGGGAAGAGCUCUCAGAGAUGCCUCUGAGAUACCUGGCAGGAGGCACCAUCACGGAUGUUGACAUUCACCACAACAAUGACCAAAAGGUUCGGUGCAAGGAGCCCAAGAGCCAAGGCAUCUACCUGUGGCUGCUAGUCAAGCUGUACAGGUUUUUGGCCAGACGAACCAACUCGACCUUCAAUCAGGUUGUGCUGAAAAGGUUGUUUAUGAGUCGCACUAACCAGCCACCUCUGUUCCUGUUCUGGAUGAUCCGAAAGAUGAAGCUUCCUGGCCGUGAGAACAAGACAGCUGUGGUUGUGGGGAUAGUCACAGAAGAUGUGUGGAUUCUCGAAGUACCCAAACUGAAGGUGUGUGCACUGUGGGUGAGCAGCCGCACCCGAAGUCGCACCCUCAAGGCUGGGAGUAAGAUCCUCACCUUUGACCAGCUGGCCCUGGAAUCUCCCAAGGGCCGUGACACUGUGCUCCUGUCUGGUCCUCAGAAGCGCCGAGAGGUAUACUGGCAUUUUGGCUGUGCUAGAGGCAGAAGGGUUAGCUGUGGCUACAAAAACUAA